UAAAGAAGAUUUAUUGUCAACAAUUACGAGAAACAUGAAAACUCACAUUCAGUUUAACGUGUUCUUACCGAAAGAUUGAAAUAUAAAAUGAGGCUUUUACUUUUUGUGUCGUUUCUAACUUUAAUAAAACUAGCUGAGGCGGAAAUUAUUGAUAUUAACACGAAGAAUGUAACAGAAUGUGGGAAUCGGACGUGCUACCAUAAUGCAAUAUGUUCAACCGACGGACAGUCGUGCCGAUGUCGACAUGGGUAUGAUGGCGUCACCUGCCAGGAGGAUGUGAACGAAUGUGAGGUUGGUUCCCCUUGCUACCAUAGAGGACAUUGCCGCAAUACAUUUGGAAGCUGGGAGUGCGAUUGCUUACAAGGUUGGGAAAAUAGCUUCGAUAUCCAUUGCGAGAACAAAACCAGUCCGGAUAUAAAUUACCGGAAGUGCAUACCUGGAUGGAUGGGAGAUAUGUGCCAAGACCAAUGUUUAAAUGACUCCAUGUGUGGACGGAAUCAAAACUGUAAAAGAAGAGGUAGGGGUUUAAAAUGUUUGUGUACAACUGGCUGGGAAGGAGAAAAUUGUACCAUAGAUGUCAAUGAAUGUACGAAAAAUCCGUGCAAAGAUCGCCAAGUUUGCUUGAAUACUGAAGGAUCUUUUACAUGCGCAUGUGAAGACGGCUGGAAAGGUCCAAACUGUUUUGAUGACAUAGAUGAAUGCGUCACCAAAAACCCGUGCAAAAAUUACGGGUCAUGUAUAAAUAAUAACGGCUCAUACCAGUGUCUAUGCGAGACCGGAUGGGAGGGAAUGAAUUGCGAUGUGGACUUAGACGAAUGUGCAAGCAAUCCGUGCAAUAUAUCCUCAAUUUGUAUGAAUCAGCCUGGGAACUUUUCUUGUGAAGAACAAACCACUAAUAAUGAAGUUGACACAGGGAGAAAGAAACUGAUUACGGUUAUAGCUGCAAGUGUUGGCUCGUUUUUGUUGCUGCUCUUCCUCGCUUACGUCAUUUACGCUUCAAAAAAGAAAUGUAAAAGAAAGGUCGGCCAAAAUCAGGAUCAAGUACUAGAUGCACGGGUAGAACAGAGAGAGGAAAUAAGUGCUUCUCACGUGACAAGACUUGGUUUUGUGUAUCCAAAAGACAAACCAGCGGUUAACGUGCAAGGUCUAGACUUUUAACGCUUACAAGUACACGUGUUGUAAAGCACCAGUCUUUAUCUUUUUUAAAUGAACUUGUUAUAAUAUUACCGAAAUCUCUUUGUGGUGUAUUAAUUAAAUUAUUCUUA